AGUAUUUUGUGAAGGAUUUAUCAUGAUGUACGCGUUGUGUUUAUAUUUUGUGUAGUCCGUACCGGCGUUCAUAUUACUUUGCUGUUGUGUAUCAACCAGCCUGCUUUUAUUUUUGUGGAUUUCCGUUAAUUAUUUGGCGUGUUGUACAAGGACAUAAGUUUUCAUAUAUGUUAAACUUAAGUUUAAUGAUUUAAUGUUGUAUUGUAAUAUUGCUGUUAUCUAAUUAAAUAAACUAAACAACUUAAAAUAGGUUACAUUAUGGACAGCACUGAUAUGGUAACUGAAGAAGAAAAUUUCGAUCAAGUGAAGAUUUCCACCAGUCCUAGCAAAAAAAACUUAAAUAAUUCAAAAACUGAAGAUAUGAACGAUUCAGAAUCUGAAGAAGCUAUUUCAGAACCAUCUAAAGAUCAAGAUGAAAUCUUUGGCACUAAAGUUGAGACUGAUCGAGGUAAAAGGUUUGAUUAUCUUCUUAAGCAAACUGAGAUAUUCGCACAUUUUAUGACUACAAAUUUGAAAAAAGACUCAAAUACUACUGGACCAGGGGGUACGCCUAAAAAAGCAAAAGGUCGACCACGGAAGCCUAAAGCAGAAAUAGGAGAUUCCACAGAUCAUCGGCAUCGCCAAACAGAACAAGAGGAAGAUGAGGAGUUAUUAAAAGAAUCAUUAGCUGCUGAUAAAUACAUAACACAAUUUGAAGAAUCCCCUUAUUAUAUUAAAAAUGGAGAAUUACGUGAUUAUCAAAUUCGAGGCUUAAAUUGGAUGAUAUCAUUGUAUGAAAAUGGCAUCAAUGGAAUAUUAGCUGAUGAAAUGGGUCUUGGUAAAACACUACAAACUAUAUCACUCCUAGGUUAUAUGAAGCAUUAUAGAAAUAUACCAGGCCCUCAUAUGGUAAUUGUACCUAAAUCUACAUUGCAAAAUUGGGUUAAUGAGUUUAAAAAAUGGUGUCCUACAAUACGAACAGUUUGUUUAAUUGGAGAUAAAGAUGCUAGAAAUACGUUUGUUCGUGAUGUGUUAUUACCUGGUGAUUGGGAUGUAUGUAUUACUUCUUAUGAAAUGAUCAUUCGUGAAAGAGGUGUAUUGCGUAAAAUUCAGUGGAGAUAUUUAGUAAUUGAUGAAGCUCAUAGAAUAAAAAAUGAAAAAAGUAAAUUAUCUGAAAUUAUUCGAGAGUUUGAAACAACUAAUAGAUUGUUACUUACUGGUACACCUUUACAAAAUAAUUUACAUGAACUUUGGGCUCUAUUGAACUUUUUGCUACCAGAUGUAUUCAACUCGUCAGAUGACUUUGAUUCGUGGUUUAACACAAAUAAUUGCCUUGGAGACAAUACUUUAAUUGAAAGGCUACAUGCAGUUUUGAGACCAUUUCUCUUAAGAAGAUUAAAAUCAGAAGUUGAAAAACGUUUAAAACCUAAGAAAGAAGUAAAAGUUUAUGUUGGUCUCAGUAAAUUACAAAGAGAGUGGUACACCAAAGUUUUAAUGAAAGAUAUUGAUAUUGUUAAUGGAGCUGGUAAAGUUGAAAAGAUGCGCUUACAAAAUAUUCUCAUGCAGUUAAGAAAGUGUAGUAAUCAUCCUUAUUUAUUUGAUGGAGCUGAACCUGGUCCACCUUACACAACAGACGAACAUAUUGUCAACAACUGUGGAAAAAUGGUUGUAUUUGAUAAAUUAUUAAAAGCAUUGAAAGACCAGGGUUCAAGAGUUUUAGUAUUCAGUCAGAUGACACGUAUGAUGGAUAUAUUAGAAGAUUAUAUGCACUGGAGAGGAUACAGUUAUUGUAGAUUAGAUGGACAAACACCUCAUGAAGAUCGUCAACGACAAAUCAAUGAGUAUAAUGAACCAAAUAGUAAAAAGUUUGUAUUUAUUCUUUCUACUCGUGCUGGUGGUCUUGGUAUUAACUUAGCUACUGCAGAUGUAGUCAUAUUAUAUGAUUCAGAUUGGAAUCCACAGAUGGAUUUACAAGCUAUGGAUCGAGCUCAUCGUAUUGGCCAGAAGAAACAAGUUAGAGUCUUUCGAUUGAUUACUGAAAAUACAGUAGAAGAAAAGAUAGUCGAAAGGGCUGAAGUUAAACUGAGGUUAGAUAAAUUAGUUAUACAACAAGGACGUUUAGUUGACAAUCAAAAAAAUGCAUUGAACAAAGAUGAAAUGCUCAAUAUGAUAAGACAUGGUGCAAAUCAUGUUUUUCAAUCUAAAGAUUCUGAAAUCACUGAUGAGGAUAUCGAAACUAUUCUACGAAAAGGAGAAGAAAAAACUGAAGAAAUGAAACAAAAAUUGGAGUCAUUAGGGGAAUCAUCUUUAAGAAACUUUACAUUGGAUGCUCCAACAGAAUCAUUGUAUACUUUUGAAGGUGAAGAUUAUAGAGAAAAACAAAAGUUAAUAGGAAUUGGAAGCUGGAUAGAACCUCCAAAAAGAGAACGCAAAGCAAAUUAUGCAGUAGAUGCUUACUUUCGUGAAGCAUUAAGAACAUCUGAGCCAAAACAACCAAAGGCACCUCGUCCUCCUAAACAACCUUUGGUUCAAGAUUUUCAGUUCUUUCCUACUAGAUUAUUUGAUCUACUUGAUCAAGAAAUUUAUUAUUACCGUCAAACUGUUGGUUACAAAGUUCCAAAAAAUCCUGAAUUAGGAUCUGAUGCUGUUAAAAUGCAGAAAGAAGAACAAAAAAAAAUUGACGAAGCGCAACCACUUACUGAAGAGGAACAAGCUGAAAAAGAACUUUUAUUAACUAAAGGUUUUACAAAUUGGAGUAAGCGUGAUUUCAAUCAGUUUAUUAAAGCUAAUGAAAAAUAUGGACGAGAUGACAUUGAUAACAUUUCUAAAGAAGUUGAAGGUAAAACUGCAGAAGAAGUUAGAGAAUACAGUGCAGUUUUUUGGGAAAGGUGUCACGAGUUUCAAGACAUAGAUAGAAUAAUGGGACAAAUUGAAAGAGGAGAGUCUAAAAUACAACGACGAGCAAGUAUUAAAAGAGCUUUGGAUGCUAAAAUGACAAGAUAUAGAGCUCCAUUUCAUCAACUUAGAGUAUCUUAUGGAGCCAACAAAGGUAAAAAUUAUACUGAAGAGGAAGAUAGAUUUUUAGUAUGCAUGUUGCAUAAACUUGGUUUUGAUAAGGAAAAUGUGUACGAAGAGUUAAGGGCAGCUAUAAGAUGUGCUCCACAGUUCAGAUUUGAUUGGUUUAUCAAAAGUCGUACAGCUAAUGAAUUGCAAAGACGAUGUAAUACACUUAUUACAUUAAUUGAAAGAGAAAAUCAAGAAUUAGAAGAAAAAGAAAGAGAGCAAAAGAAACUUCUUAAAAAAAAUAUGAAACCAGCUCCAUCUCCUGCUCCAGUAAAAAAGAAACUUGAAAAAGUUGAGAAAUCUGAAUCUUCUCAGUCUGAUCCUAAAUCUCCAGUACCAAAAAAGAAGAAGAAAUAAGUUACUGUUCAUAUUUUUACUAUCAAUAGACUAUUAUUUUUAUGUGUAAAUAUUUUUUAUAGUUUAAUUAUUAUUCAUCUAUAAUAUUACUCGUACUUAAUAUUUUGGAUUCUAAAUGAUAUUUUAUGUAUAUUUAUAAUAGUGCUUUUAUUUUAUAUAUUUAAUUUUAAUUACAUUUGAGAAUUUUAUGAUUUAAACAUAUUCCUUCAAAAAUACCAUAAUAUUAAGUUGUUCUUAAUUUAAAUCCCAGGAAAAAAUUGCCUAGUACUUCAAACUAUUAAAUAUUUAUUGACUAAAUUAUUUGUAUUUAAGUACAUAACUUGAUAAAAAUGAUAACAUUUAUUAUAGCUAUAGAUCUUUUGAGUAUGACAGUAUUAUUAACAUGUUCAUUUCUACUCAAUUUUAUAUUUAGUGAUGUGGUAAAUGUAUAUUUGAUGUGCAAAAAUUCAUUUUUUUUGUACUUUUUUUUUUUUUUUAAUCGAUUAUUAUGAAAUUGUUAGCAUCUUAGUCGGCAAAUAUAAUAAUUUUAGCACCUCAAGAUUUUUUAUUUAAUUUGUGCAUUAUUUUAGGGGUGACAAAUUUUAGUAAUAUGGUCAAUGAUAUAAAAAUUUUAGUAGUAAUCAUCUUGGCCUCCAUCCUAACCAUUUGGUUUUAACCACACUUACUUUAAAUUUUCUAUAAAAUUUAAAGCUUAAAAAAUGCAAUUUUUGGGACAACUUCAAAUAAUGCUUCCUUGCUCCACUUACAUUAACAAAAGUCUUAUAAUAUUAAACUAGGUAUGGAAAUUAAAAUACCCUAAUUUUUCAUAUUGAAUGUUAAAGUCAUACUCGGCUCUCCCAAUUUUUAUUUGUUGAAGCAUUUUACUUUAUGUUGCCUCCCACUGAAUGUUUCAAAAAUACUCGCCUGUUUAAUGUAGUUUAUUUAGGUUUGAAUAAAAAAUUGUUGCUUUA